GAGUGCUAGCACAGGCUCCAGCUGAUUCCCCUCACCGGAGGUGACGAGGUAGGGGAUUUCGAUAGAACACAGUCUACCUGACAGAACACUCAACAACCCUUAUACUGCCAAACCAGGAAGUGUCUCUACCUAAGUCGUCAUGACAACGUAUGUCCCUGUUAGCUUUCCUGCCUUUUGUGCGACGUCAGCAGGACAUUCUUUCCCUUCCCCCUAACUAAUAUGGCGAUGCGGCUGAGGUCUACCUAGAAGGUAAUCCGACAUGUCAGCCGACGAAAUGUCCACGUCCGAAGGCGAGCCCAUUGCCGGGGAACGAUGGGCCCCGGUGGGAGCGGUAGCUGAAGAAGCAGACGAGCAGAGUUCCAAAUCAGCAUCAAUCGUGAAGGCUGCAAACAGCGCAGGAUUCGGUGCUUCGAGCAGGAGCCGCUCAGGCUCGGUGUCGGUGGAGAUGAUUGAUAAGUUGCGAAAACUCGAGGAUGAGCAGGAGCUGCUGAACUCGUCCCUUCUCGCCCUCACCUCCCAUUUCGCCCAGGUGCAGUUCAGGCUGAAGCAGAUAGUGAGGGCGGAAGGAGCAGAGAAGGAGAGGCUGCUGGCUGAGCUCGAGGAUUUCGCAUUCAAGGGAUCCCCACAUGUUCUGGGAAAUGAAGCUCUAAAACAGCAAGUUCUAGAGGAUUCGAGUGAAUGGGAGAAGCGAGAACGUAUAGAGGCGCAGAGGCAAAAACAGCGAGAAUUAAUAGUACAGCUGAAAACCCAACUGAAUGAUUUGGAGACCUUUGCCUACCAAGAAGGCAACUAUGACUCUUUACCCCAGUCUAUGGUCUUGGAGAGACAGCGGGUUAUCAUAGAUGAAUUAAUCAAGAAGUUAGAUGUGAAUCUAAAUGAAGACAUUAGCUGCCUGUCUCCUGAAGAGUUGCGACAGCGAGUGGACUCAGCCAUUGCCCAGAUUGUUAAUCCAGCAAGAGUGAAGGAACAGCUGGUGGAGCAGCUGAAAACUCAGAUACGCGAUUUGGAAAUGUUCAUUCAGUUCAUUCAAGAUGAAGUUGGCAGUCCCAUGGGUAGUUCAAGUAAUGGUGCAGGAGGAUACCAACAAGCUACACAUUCAAGAACCAAUGUUAGUCCUGAGCAAGCAAAACAGAUGCAAGAGGCAGGACUUAAUCUCUUACGUCGGGCCAUGGCUGUCUUGCAGAUAUUUGCGGUCAGUCAGUUUGGAUGUGGUACUGGGCAUGCGCCAAACAAUCUCUGGAAACCUGAUGAGAGCAAUAGAGAUUUCUCGCCAUUGAUCAAGAACUUGCAGACGUCUGUGGAGAAAGUAAAGCAGCUGGCACUUAGACAGCAGCCUCAUGACCAUGUAAUAUGCUAUGCCUCUAUGCAAGGAAAUAUAUCUGGUGGAAAGGAUGAACUGACAAUUGCUGUGAGAAAGGAUCUGGCAAUUACCAUACGAGAUCUAUUGUCACAUGGUCUGUACGCACCAUCCCAAGGAAUGAGCCUGGUGCUUGCCCCCAUUGCCUGUCUGAUCCCUGUUUUUACUACGUCAUCACCCUCUAUGCAUCCAUGGGAACUUUUUGUGAAAUACUAUAAUGAGAACAAUGGAAGAGCUUUUGUGGAUUCACCUGCUCGCAAACUAUCACAAUCUUUCUCAUUGCCUGUUUCAGGAAGUAAUAAGGUCACUCCUAAACAGAGCCUUCUUACGGCUAUCCACACGGUCUUGACAGAGCAUGAUCCCUUCAAGCGUGGUGCAGACUCUGAGUUCAAGGCAUUGGUUUGCAUAGCUCUAAAUGAGCAACGUUUGGUUUCUUGGCUCAACCUUAUCUGCAAGUCAGGAGUUCUAGUACAUCCACAUUACCAACAUUGGAGUUACAUGGCCAGCAGCGGUUUUGAAAGUGCCCUAAAUAUUCUUAGCCAACUCAGUAAUCUGAAGUUUAACCUACCAGUUGACCUUGCUGUACGCCAGCUCAAAAAUAUUAAGGAUGCCUUUUGAUGCAACUUAUUGUUAUUGGUCAUUGUUUUUAGUCAGGUAUAGAUCUCUGGCUUUUAGAACAUUCCAGGUGUCCAUAUACUGCAGUUUUCUUCUAAGUGAUCUUCAUCCAUUGACCUAGGUCCCUCAUGCUAUUAGGCACUAAUUGGUAACCAUUAGUUCUAAUUGAUACAUUAACUAGUACACGGAUGAAAGAAAGUAUCUUCUUGCACUCUAGCCUCCUUGAGAUAUGAUGAUAUAAGAAAUAGAUGUCAUAAUAGUAUGGAAUAUACAAUGUCUUCUUUGGUGGGCACUAUUAUCCAGUUUUUAAAACCUUUAGGAACAUUUUUCAUUUUUCUACCCAGCACCCACUGACCACCCCUUAUCAGCAACUUUCUAAUGUGAAAUUUGCACUUUUGUAUUAUCAGUAUGUUUCGUGCAACCUAGAUGGUAGUAAUAUGCUUAGAGUACUGAAGGUAGAAUAACCUAGUGCUUUAAACUUAUCAUUACCAUCCAUGCUGGUUGAAUUGUUAUCUAUAUUUUCAGAAGUGCAAAUUGAUGAAGAAUGUAUGAUCAGUGGAUGCUGUGAAGAGCUCUAGUUUAAAAAAAAAAAAUGGAAAAUUAGAUUUGUUACUUUCUGACGGUUCAUCCAAAUCAAAUGCCUUUUAAUGCACAUCUAGGAUUUACCUGUGGAGUCUUAUGCGUUAUUAAAGACUCCAAAGUUAAAUCCUGGGUUGAUCGAUUUGCCUGGGUUUGGAGUAAAAGGCAUUUCAUUCAGACGAACCGUUCAAAGCAAACGUCUGUCUAGUGCCUGUAGACUCUUGGGAGCAUAACCACUAAACUGAGUUGUAGUGGUUAUGUUGCUGUGAGUGCACCUUUAAAUAGUCCGAUAAAGUGACACUCAAUAUGUGACAUAUAUAGAGGGACAACUUGUUGCACUUUGUUAUAACAAAUUAAAAUUAUUUUUAUAUAUAAAUUUAAGCAUAUAUUUCAGUAAACUAUGAUCUUUAUCUAAAUAUAUUGUUCUGGAGCGGGGCCCAAUAAAUUCAAGGCUCUAGGAUGUCAUGGCAUUUCAGAAACAGUACAUGGAACCAUAAAGUUGCCUCCUUACCAGUGGAGUGAGAAAACAAUCUUUCCUGAUAUGCGUUAUAUGUUGCAGGGGAGUGGCUCGCAGAUACUGCCAUCUCUUACUGCUCUCUCCAGUGUGCGUCUCUAAUACCGUACAUUACUCUCAUUCAUUGUAUAGACUGAUAAAGAUCAGAAGAAUAUGUAUGCGGCUGACAGGAACUUAAGCAUCUGGUGCCGGAUGAGUAUGUUUUGGCUAGAAAGCACUGCAUCAGCUCUGUGUUCUGUAAAUAAAGGUCCACACACUACCAAAAAAAGGGAGACUCCAAUUUGUCAUCCUCAGUUCUAUGUAUUUUCUUUACCAACUCAGCAGCAUGCAUUACUGACAGAAGAAUUCCAAGAGUAGCUGCUUGAAAUUUAAAACCCCAUGUUUGUUGAAGCUCACUUCCAUUGUGUGAAUUUUUGAAAACGCAGGGUUUAUGCAUGAAUUGUAGACACUCAACUGACUUUGUAUUCUUCCACUCACCCACACUGAAAUUAUUUUACACUCUGAUCUAUAUAGUCAGGACUCAAAAUGUCCACUUGCGCACUGGUCACCGGCCAGUGGCAAGUAUAAAUUCAACCCUGGCAAGUGUACUGCCUAGUUUUUCUCGGUACUCUAUUAAAAGAGCAACUUUUGAAAGGAGCUGCACUCUUAAAGUCUGUGGUCAUCAAGAAUGGCUAUACAUAGAUAUCAUUAGUUUAAAACUCUGUAGACAUUGUAUAAGUGUGCCUGUUAGCCACAAGCUCUAACCCAAAGUAGGUCAUGCACGAGGUAUAAUGUAAUAUGUCACAAACAUUCUGCAUACCCAGACAGACUGACAGGGGAAGAGAUCACAGGUAAGUUUAUUUAUCUUCCUCAUGCAUAG